AUGGCGAUCCCGCCAAGGCUCGAACCAGCGAACUCUCAACCCCCAGAACUGGCAGUGAAGCCUAAAAAGCCACUACGGGCCCGCCGCAAGAGAUAUAAACGUUCAUGCCAUACCUCCCCAACUGAAAUUAUUUUUGUUUUUUGGAUGACUGCACAAGUUGGGAGGCUGGUCAUGAACUUAUAUCUCUUGCAGGUUGGCACCUACAUCGGCAACAGUCAUUGUUUCGACGUGUACUGGAAUAUCCCUUCGCAAACCUGCCAGCAAUUUGGGAUUUACAUCAACGCUUCCAGUUUGGAAUUGUUUCAAAACACGGAUGACGUCUUUUAUGGAGAUAAGGUGUCAAUAUUCUACGGGCCAGGGAAAUUUCCAUGGAUUGAAAAUGAUAGUCCGGUCAACGGAGGAAUCCCUCAGAACGCUAGCCUUGUGGAUCACUUGCAAGUAUUCGCUGAUGAAGUUACGAAGAAAUUGCCUCCUAACUUCAGAGGCGUUGCCGUCCUGGAUUUCGAGAAGUAUUACCCGUGCUAUGAGAUAAAUCCGGCAGAGUACAAAAAGGCCUCCAGAGAUUGGGUAAAAGCGCAGCAUCCAUCCUGGACGCCCAGCCAGAUCGAAGCGGAGGCCAUUAGAGCAUUCAAUGAGUCUUCGAGGGAGUUUUUUGAGAUCUUGCUGUGGAAAGGCCGAGAAAUUCACCCUGAAGCCCUAUGGGGAUAUUACCAUUAUCCCUAUUGCCAUAACUAUGGACCAAGGCAACAGCUUGUCAGCCGCAACUGUACUACACAACCUGUCUUCAACGACGUGAUAACUCACAACGACGAGAUGUUGUGGCUGAUGGAAGCCAGCACAGCCUUAUAUCCUAGCAUCUACAUUUUCAAAGACAGUGGCUGGGACCCCAUGAGCAGGCGAAGAAACGCUCUGGUCAGACUCAAAGAGGCAAUUAGGGUUAGAAGGAAUACGGGUAAAAAUAUACCUAUUCUUCCCUACUUCUGGUACAGGUACCAUGAUUCGCCUGACUACCUGACACCAAUGGACAUCACCAACACACUGGGGCUAUCGAAGGUCAUGAAUCUGGACGGAAUUGUGUUGUGGGGUUCAACGCACGACCUUCGGACAGAAGAGAUGUGUAUGCAGUUUAAGAACUUCGUGGAGGAAAAAUUGGGUCCUGUGGCUCGGUACGUUUUCCCGCUUCGCCGUCCCUUCUCACACGUGUCAUUAACUCUAGGAGGCUGCUCAAAGAAGUUCGCUUAUGAGUGCUGA